AUGAAGCUGCUGUGGUGCGCGGUGGGCGUCGUAAUUCCGUUUCUUACAGUUGAUGCGCUGAUCCCCGCGAGCAAUCAACAACCAAUUCAACAACCCGCCGCCUUGCCUGGAGCUGCUCAUGAGAAAUUGGAGGAUGUGAUCUCUGCCUCGCCCUUGCUAUCAUUGCACAGGGCGAUCUGCGAGGUCGAGUCCAUCUCCGACGAUGAGCUCGCUGUUGGGAAACUGGUUAUAUCCCUCCUGAAAGCUCACAACUUCACCGUCAAGACCCAAAGCGUCCCCCAACCAGAAGAAAGGAACAGCACGAAACCACGUUACAACAUCUACGCCUAUCCAGAUCCGUCAAAGUAUUCCGGAAUCGACGUCGAUGCCAUCCCGUCUCCUAAAGUGGUGCUGAGCUCUCACAUCGAUACCGUACCGCCUCAUAUUCCGUACUCGCUGUCACUCCCGCCGGCGAAGACCGCGAGAGAGGACAUAUUGAUAUCCGGCCGGGGAACUGUCGACGACAAAGCUUGCGUAGCAGUCCAGAUCCAGGCAUUACUCGAUCUACUGGCCGAUCCGGACGCGAAGCUCGACCCCUUGGACGUUGCACUGCUCUUUGUGGUUGGCGAGGAGGCGCACGGCGAUGGGAUGAGACAUUUCUCAGCGUCGGACCUGUACAGGCAGACGAACACCAAUUACCAUGCCAUUCUCUUUGGGGAACCUACAGAGGGUAAACUGGCGACCGGGCACAAGGGAAUUGGAAUGGUCAAGGUCAAGGCCCGUGGCAAGGCUGCACACUCGGGAUAUCCCUGGCUCGGGCGCAGUGCGAACAGCAUGAUUUUGCCUGCCUUGCUUGCGCUUGACGGGUUGGGCGAUAUUCCCGAAGAUGCCGGAGGUCUACCCAGAAGCGAGAAGUACGGCAAGAGCACGGUUAAUGUCGGAUUGAUGCGCGGCGGUGUUGCAGGCAAUGUUGUACCAGAGUAUGCGGAGGCGUCUAUCACGUUCAGACUCGCCGGGGGCGACAGUGACGAGCUCAAAGAACUGGCCACAAAGGCAGUUCGGAAAGUUGAUCCAGAGGGUUUGUUGGAGCUCGAGUUCGCUCAAGGGUAUGGUCCGAUUGAGUUAGAUGGUGACGGUGUUGACGGCUUCGACACCAUCACUGUGAACUACGGUACGGACAUACCGAAUUUGAAGGUGGCCGAUGGCGUUAAGAGAUAUCUGUACGGCCCGGGCAGUAUUCUGGUCGCCCACGGGAAGAAUGAAGGCUUGACCGUUGGGGACCUGGAGGAGGCAUUGGAUGGAUACAAGACGCUACUACUGCGUUCACUGUAG